AUUGGAUGUACUGUAGUAAGGCACCAAAAGCUAGUGUGAGAGGGACUUCACUUUACAGCGGCGUCUUUCUCCAGCAUCGUUCCGGAUGGCACUUGAUGUCCAUUCGAUUCUUAAAAACGAAAUUUGAGAUUGCUUAUUCGGUAAAUGCUUGAUCAAGAUUUCGAGAGAUUUAAUUAACCGUUGACAUUUGGAUGCAUUGCGUUCCGUACCCUCCCUGAAGCUCAAGCUGUGGUAAAGCAUUUUCAACUACGGUCGGUCGGCCGCAGGAGCAAAGGGAAGGAGGGAGAGCCCUAUUUUUUUCUUGAGAAUAAACUGAAUAAGAUAGGCUGAAAUAAAUUCAAGCUACUUGUCAAUUUCAAGGCAAGAAAGUACUCUAAGGAAAGGACAAUUGUUCACAUUUGGAGGAAUAUACCACUCAUUUUCUUAAAAGAAAAGUAGAGGAUAAUUUCCAACUAUUUUGGAUGCGGAUAUAAGAGAACGAAUCAAUGCCCCAUAUAACUGUUACCGCAAGGAUAUACGGAAAGAGGACCGAUUUUUAAAUGGUUAUUGAGUGAGUAGCAUGGUCGAUACGCGCAUAUAGCAGGUUAUUUCUCUCCCUAUACCAGCGUGCAAGAGGCUACCCCAUAUUAAGGGCUACCCGCGAAAGCGCAUUGCUAUAGAAAACUGGGGAUUGCAUUGCACAAACUGCUGCCGUGUUUUCCUUACCGCUAAAGCCAACCGAGUCUACACCUGUUCCAUAAGGAGAAAAAAACAAAAGAGAUAUAAGGAGAAGCACUGCUAAAACAGCAAAAACGUCGAUUGAUGUUGAAGAGCCAGCGUGUCAGCAGCAGUGAGACCCAGCAGAGUGGUGAGGGUGGUGUUUGAGAUGCGGAGAGCCGUAUAGGAGCUAAGUGGGCACCUCACCUUAACGCCAUCUGCUUCCUGUGCCGCUUCAAGAUGGAUUAGAGCCUUUACGCCUCCAGAGAUCAAAGGUGGCUGUGACAGGGGGACCCCCGGGGCAGGACCCAUGAGGAGUCAUAGAAGAUGCUCGCAGCCUGGGCGCCUCUGUUCCUCUUAGCCAUGUGGGUGAGAUGUACCUCCGCUGGGCCACUCUCCUUCAGAAUAGCCGCCAUACUUGACGACCCAAUGGAGUGCAGCCGGGGUGAGCGAUUGGCCAUCACUCUGGCAAAGGACAGCAUCAACCGGUCCAGUAACCGCUCCACAACGGGAAAGCUGGAGGUGGACAUCUUUGAGCUGCUGAGAGACAGUGAAUAUGAGAUGGGAGAGACCAUGUGCCAGAUCCUGUCCAAGGGAGUGGUGGCAGUCCUGGGUCCCUCCGCCAGCCCUGCUUCCAAUUCCAUCAUCAGCAAUAUCUGUGGAGAGAAAGAGGUUCCCUAUGUGAAAGUGGCCCCCGAGGACAUUCUGAAGGUUCAGUUCCCCCGCUUCACCACCCUGGACCUGCGCCCCACCAACACAGACAUCAGCCUGGCCGUGGCUGGCCUGCUCACCUUUUUCAACAGCACCACAGCCUGCCUCAUCUGUGCCCAGGCCGACUGCUUAUUAAAUCUGGAGAGACUGCUACGCCAGUUCCUCAUCUCCAAGGAGACCCUAUCGGUUCGCAUGCUGGAUGACAGCCAGGAUCCCACACCCCUUCUCAAGGAGAUUCGCGAUGACAAGACUGCCACCAUCAUUGUGGACGCUAACGCGACAAUGUCCCACAUCAUUUUGGAAAGGGCGUCGGAGCUGGGCAUGCUUUCCGUCUACUACACCUACAUCUUCACCUCGCUGGAAUUCUCUCUGCUGCGAUUGGAUGACGUGCCCAGUGAGCGGGUGAACAUUCUGGGCUUUUCCGUCUUCAACCGAACACAUCCCUUCUUCCAGGAUUUCCUCCUCAGCCUCAACCGUUCCUGGCAGGAAAACUGUGACCACGCCCCCUUCGCCGGCACACCGCUCUCGUCGGCGCUGCUGUUUGACGCAGUGCAUGCGGUGGUGGCGGCGGUCCAGGAGCUCAACCGUAGCCAGAACGUGGGCGCCACGCAGCUCUCUUGCAAGUCCUCCAAGAUCUGGGAGCAUGGCACCAGCCUCAUGAACUACCUGAGGAUGGUAGAAUUGGAAGGACUAACGGGCCACAUUGAAUUCAACAGCAAAGGCCAGCGGUCCAACUAUGCGCUGCGGAUCAUGCAGAACAGUAGAGAUGGCCUUAGGCAGAUUGGCCAGUGGCACUCAGAGCAGGGCCUGUCCAUGGAGAGGAAGCUUCCAUCAAUCAACGUGACAGACACUCUCUUCAACACCACCCUCACCAUCACCACUAUUCUGGAGAACCCUUACGUGAUGCUGCGACCGAACCACCAGGAGAUGGAAGGGAACGAGCGCUACGAGGGGUUCUGUGUGGACAUGCUGAAGGAGCUGGCGGACGUCUUGAAGUUCAAGUACCGGAUCAACCUGGUGGGGGACGGGGUGUACGGGGUAUCGGGGACCAACGGCACCUGGACGGGCAUGGUGGGAGAGCUCAUCUCCAGGAAAGCGGACCUGGCCGUAGCGGGGCUCACCAUCACCGCAGAGAGGGAGAAGGUCAUCGAUUUCUCCAAGCCUUUUAUGACCCUGGGAAUCAGCAUCAUGUACCGUGUGCACUUGGGGCGCAGACCUGGCUACUUCUCCUUCCUAGACCCUUUCUCCCCUGGGGUGUGGCUCUUCAUGCUGCUAGCCUACCUGGCAGUCAGCUGUGUGCUCUUUCUGGUUGCCAGACUCACCCCCUACGAGUGGUACAAUCCCCACCCCUGCCUGAAGGGGCGCUGUAACCUCCUCAUCAACCAAUACUCGCUAGGCAACAGCUUCUGGUUCCCCGUGGGGGGGUUCAUGCAGCAGGGGUCCACCAUUGCGCCCCGCGCCCUCUCCACGCGCUGCGUCAGUGGAGUAUGGUGGGCGUUCACCCUGAUCAUCAUCUCGUCCUACACGGCCAACCUGGCUGCCUUCCUCACUGUCCAGAGGAUGGAGGUGCCCAUCGAGUCAGUGGAUGACCUGGCUGACCAGACGGCCAUCGAGUACGGCACCAUGCACGGGGGCUCCACAAUGACCUUCUUCCAGAACUCGCGCUACCAGACGUACCAGCGCAUGUGGAACUUCAUGCACUCCAAGCAGCCCAGUGUGUUUGUGAAGAGCACGGAGGAGGGCAUCGCCCGCGUGGUCAACUCUAACUAUGCCUACCUGCUAGAGAGCACCAUGAACGAGUACUACCGACAGCGCAACUGUAACCUCACCCAGAUAGGAGGUCUGCUGGACACCAAGGGCUACGGCAUCGGCAUGCCAGCGGGGUCAGUGUACCGGGAUGAGUUUGACCUUGCCAUCCUCAAGCUGCAAGAAGACAACCGUCUUGAGAUCUUGAAGAGGAAAUGGUGGGAUGGUGGCAAGUGUCCAAAGGAGGAGGAUCACCGUGCCAAAGGGCUAGGCAUGGAAAACAUAGGCGGUAUCUUCGUGGUGCUGGUGUGCGGUCUCCUGGUGGCCAUCUUCAUGGCGGUGCUGGAGUUUAUGUGCUUUCUGCGGCAGACGCCCGGAACAGAGCUGUCGGUGUGUGAGGAGAUGCUACGGGAGCUCCAGGGGAUCGUCCUGUGCCGGGACAGCCUACAGCUGAGGCGUCGGCGGGGGACGACCAUGCUCCGUCCUCGCUCCCUGCCUCUGGAAGAGCGCCGGGCGAGGGCCGCCGCCGUCAGCCUGAGCAAUGGCAAGUUGUGUGGCGCUGCCGCCGGCCUGCCCCUCUCUGAGCCCCUCUCCCACAGACUGGCGCAGGAGGCGGCUUUGGUGGCACGUGGCUGCAGCCACAUCCGCAUCUGCCCCGAGUGCAGGCGCUUCCAGGGGCUGCGCGCCAUGCGUCCCGGGGGAGGCCCCAGCCACGGCGCCUCGCCCACCCAUAGCGAGGAGAGCAUAGAGUGGGAGAAAACGACCAACAGCAGCGAACCUGAAUAACAAUGAACCCCCCCCCCCUUGACCUGGACAACCCUUUUACCUACCUAGACCACCACACACCCACUGUACUACUGUACCCAGUAGGCACGUCUCCACAGGGGCAACAGGGGGCAUCAUGGGAAGGUCAUGUGGUACUGUGACAGGAGCUAUCUUGGUCCUGGUGUAUUUGAUUUGGGAGGACGGCGGCUGGGGCGUUGGCUUUGGCUGUGGAAAUUUUGGGCACGUCCCCCCUGGAAGGGAUCUUUGAGUUGAGUGGAGCUCUGGAAUGAUGCCCUGGGCUUAGUGAUGGAACUCCCGUUGUACAUGUCCAUAGAGACUACCAGAGGAAGUCCGUGAGAGGGGACACGACCUCUCUGUAUGGGCUGUCUGUCUCGAAGGCCCUAUGCCCUGUCUAGGAUGUGAAGGAUACAGGUUAUGGGGCAUUUGUACUAUGCAGUAUUUUCUGUCACUCGUGCUAAUUGUUGAUUUGUUUAUAAAUUAUUUGUCCUUUUGUUGUGUUCUUGAUAUUGACCAUAUUGUUACUAUUCUAUUGUUCUCUGAGACGAUACCAUUUUUUAUUUUCUCGAGAACUGUGGACAUUAUUGCCUUUUCAGAGCUAAAAACAGAGAACACAUAGAAAAAGACUUCCAAUUCAGCAUCAUUCUUUGAAAGUGCCGACAAAAAAAAGAGCAUAUUGAGCGAUGGGAAAGCACCACGGCCUUGAGACGACGACAAAGAGAACUGAACAUAAAAACAAA